GGAAACCAAAUCAUGCAGCUUUCUGAUUGGACGGUCUUGGAAAGUGGGCGUUACUCCAUCGUUGAGUGAAGUGUAUGUCGUGCGUUGACGCUACGGUGGCCGAAGACGGACAUAAACAGCUAGUACUCGCCUGGCGUGGCCUGUUGGGUUAUAACGUAUGUUGUGACGGUAAAAGAGCCGGAGAUAGAACGGAACAUGAGCGGCAAGAGGAAAGGGGAGCAGAGUGACCCCCUGCUGACAUGGAUGCGAACAUUUCAGGUGUCCGGUCCGUGUGCGUCUUACGAAGACCUGACAGGAGGAGUAGCCAUUGGCCAGGUGUUAAAUCGCAUAGAUUCCUCGUGGUUUAAUGAAGCCUGGCUGAUGAGGAUAAAGCCGGACUCUGGUGACAACUGGAGGCUGAAGGUCAGUAAUCUGAAGAGAAUCCUGCAGAGCGUCCUGGAGUAUUAUCAAGAUGUUCUUGGACAUCCCGUCUCGGAGGACCACAUACCAGAUGUUGCGUUGAUCGGGGAGUUUUCUGACACUGCUGAACUGAGGAAAAUGGUGCAGCUGAUGCUGGGGUGCGCGAUCAGCUGUGACAAGAAGGAAGAACAUAUCCAGCAGAUCAUGACCCUGGGGGAGUCGGUGCAGCAGGCGGUCAUGGAGUCCAUACAGGAGCUCCUGAGCAAGGAACCCACCGACACAGCAACGCCCGAUAGCUACGUCAACUACGACAGCCAGUCGCGUAAAUAUUACUUCCUCAGUGAGGACACGGAUGAGAAGACGGGCAUCUUGCAUCGCUGUCAUGAGCUGGAACAGCAGGUGUCGCUGCUGACGGAAGAGAAGCGCACUCUGAUGUCCGAGAACAGAGUCCUCCGAGAGCAGCAGGACUCGCCCGAGGGAGAAAUAGCGCCUCCGGUGUUCAGCAAGAAGAUGCUGCUGUUACAGAGUCAGAUUGAGCAACUUCAGGAAGAAAACUACAGGCUGGAGAGUGCACGCGAUGACUACAGGCAGCGGUGCGAGGAGCUGGAUCGAGAGGUGCAGGAUGUACAUCAGCGUAACCAGGACUUAACUGGUCUGGCACAUGAGGCCCAGUCACUACGGGACGAGAUGGAUGCCAUCAGGCACUCUUCAGACCGUGUGGGGAAGUUAGAAUCUCUUGUCGAGUCUUACAAGAAAAAGCUGGAAGAUCUGGGGGAUCUGCGUCGUCAGGUGAAGCUUUUAGAGGAGAGGAACACGGUUUACAUGCAGCGCACGUGUCAGCUGGAGGAGGAGCUCCACAAGGCGCACGCCUCCCGCGGACAGGUGGAAAGCCUCAGCCGACAGGUCCAGGAGAUGAACAAGAAACACUCUGCGGAGUCUCUACGGGCUGAGAAGUGGCAAUUUGAGUAUCAGACCCUAAAGGAAAAAUUUGAGGCUUUACAGAAGGAGAAAGAGGUGAGGGAUGUAGGCUGGUGGGCAGAAAGAGACUCUCUGCGGGAGACCAAUGAAGAACUGCGGUGCUCCCACCUUCAGCAGACAUGCCUGGUGCAAGCAGAUGCCCUCUCUGGACUGUCCUCUCCAGUGGACAACUUGGCUGCGGAGAUCCUGCCUGCAGAGCUCAAAGAAACCGUGAUCCGUCUCCAGCAGGAGAAUAUGCUUUGCGUGCAGGAGGCUUCUUAGCAACGUCUAUCCGAGCUGCAGAACCUCUUAGAAGAAUCCAACCGUGGCCGCAAUAGAAUGGAGAGCGAAAUCGGGCUGAAUCAGCAGCAGAUCCAGGUGCUGAAGUCUCAUAUUGAUGAUCUUCAGAGACAGCUGCGGGAGCAGGGCAGCCGGCAGAAGAUGUAAUCAUCACAGCUAAAGAGGAAGCUGGAUGAACACCUAGAGUUGCUGCAUGAUGCUCACUCAGAAUUGCAGAAGAAAAGAGAAUAUAUUGAGACCCUGCAACCCAAAGCUGACCUGAACAUGUCCAGAAAAGUUGAUGAGCUGCAGCAGAUCCUACAGCAGAAGGAGGAGGACAUGCGAGCCAUGGAGGACAGAUACAAGCGAUAUGUGGACAAAGCCCGAAUGGUUAUUAAAAAUCUGGAUCCCAAGCAGCAGAAUUCAAUUCCUCCAGAGAUCCAGGCCUUAAAGAACCAACUGCAGGAGAAGGAGACCAGAAUCAGACACUUGGAGACUGACUUUGAGAAGACAAAGUCUCAGAGAGACCAGGAGGAGAAGCUGAUAAUAAGUGCCUGGUACAACAUGGGGAUGGCGUUGCAGCAAAAGGUGGCAGAUGACAGGACCCAAGUCCCCAGCGGAGCUCAAUCAUUCCUGGCCCAGCAGAGACUGGCCACCAAUGCCAGACGUGGACAACUCUCCCGCUCACUGCUACCCAGAUACACCAGCAGCGACAAGCGUCAGAGCCUGUCAUGAACCCAUCUGAUGUGACCGACCUGUCACCACCGUUAUAUAAGCUACAUUCUGCUGCCAGCCUCAUAAGGGAGGGUUACCUGUAGUGGUAGAGACUAACCUGUCACUGUCCAGACAAUCACACUCCUGUAGGGGGCGCUGACGUUGCUUUUUAUAAAACCAUUUCCCCUUUUAGGAGAAAAUCUGCCUUUUUUAACUCUUGCUGCCUCCUUUUACCCUUCGUAUUGCACUUCCUUUAGAAAUCCACUUGGGGGUGCUAUAGUUUUAAGAAAAUUAUACCUAAUAAACUGAGCACGUGCAGUGCUUCACAGUGUCCCCCAGAGGCGAUCUUGAGAACUGCAUCUAUAGACUUCUAGAUAUGUAACCCAUCCUGAGAUCUCCUCCCCCUCCUCAAACUAUAGCCCCCUCUAUGUUUUUAUUAUUGCAGAUGGUUUUUAAUCCAGAGUUAAUGUCUUUUAAGUCACAUACACUAGUUCAUGUACACAAGCUACAUUCUAGGAGAGAAUCUUAUGUACGGUACAAACACGUUAUGAAGGGAAGAAGAAAACCUACGCACACAUCUUCUCCAUAUGUAAUCUGCCAUGGGGGUAUAGGACUAGUAUUGCAGUAAUGCACUUGGUACAGAAUAGAAGAAUGUUUUUAUGGGGAUUAUAUGGCGAGGUUUUCCUUCCCGUCUUUAUGCACGACUGGUGCACUUUAAGCCUAUUGUAGUCAAGCACAAGCCAAAGACCUCUCUUUAGGCUGCACAUUCACCUCUUCUUGUAGUCAGACAUAGGAAUAGCUCAUAAAGUUGUAUAAGGGGAGUGGGAUUUAAGACCCCCAUUAAAUGGGUACUCCUGUGGAAAACAAUUUUUUAUUUUAUUUUAUUUUUUUAAAUCAAUUGGUGCCAGAAAGUUUAAACAGAUUAGUAAAUU